UGAAAACUUAACCGCACUUUUUUGAUUAUUUAAAAAUCUGGAUAUUUUUUUCAAAUCAUCAUAAUUAUUAUCAAUUCUCUUAUCUUUUUGUUUGUUUUAAUUAUUCUCAGAAAGCAUAGAGGUGUUUAUUUGCGGUUUAAAUGUUUACUAAGUAUUUGGUGCCUUUUUCCAGUAGUUCUUAUUGCUGCGGCAUGUCUCCCAAGCUUGAUAAGAUUGUCAAAACCUACAAAUCCCUAUCGCAAAUCCCAGCAUUGAUAGGAGCCCAAAUACAAUCGCCCAAUGCAAUCAACACCACAUGGUCUCAAAGAAACCUCGAGAUGGGCGCGACCACGAAAUUCAAUAGAACAAUUUUGCUCAAAAAUCUUCAAUGCAUCGAAACCACCAAUCCUGUAGAUGUUAGCAGAGAAAUAAUAUCUCGCGUGUCAAAGUCUCAAAAACUAAAGGCUGUGCUCAGAGAAAAAGACUCAAACCAAAUCCUAGAAAUAUGGCAACAAACUAAUUUAAUUAGGGUUGUAGAUUUGGCUGCUUUGGAUGUUCAUGGCAAUGUUUACACAGAUGUUGAAUUUGGUGCAUUUGAAUUUUCACCUGACGAAACCAAAUUAUUGUAUGUAGCUGAGAAAAAGAUUGUGAAAAGUGAGCCUUUUUAUAAGAGGAAGAAGCUAGAUCUCAAAGAUGUUGGUGAUGUUUCUAAGCCAGCACCAAGGGGAGAAGAAUUUUUAUUUGAACAAGAUUGGGGUGAACAACUUGUUGGCAAAAAACAAUCAGUAUUGGCCCAAUACGACAUUGAAAAUGACAGUGUUGUUAUUUUAAAAGGCACUCCAACUAAUGUCUGUGUUGCUCAACCAAAAUACACAUUGGAUGGCAAAAAUGUAGUUGGAGUAUCAUACUUUGUGGAGCCAAGAAAGUUAGGCUUGAUUUAUUGCACCAAUAGGCCCAGUACUAUUUUUCAGUUGGAUUUUGAAGGGAAUUAUGUUGAAAUGCCUUUGGAUAAUGCCGCAGUUAAGUCGCCUAUAUUUACUCUUGAUGGAAAUACUAUAGUUUGGUUGGAGCGGCAAGCUAAAGGUCCUCAUAUGGCUUGUAUGGCUUUGAAAAAAACUAGCUAUCCUAUAACUAAAAAUUCUACAUCUGAAACUAUCAUUGACAUAGUUGAAUUUAAAAAAGAAACUACCAAUAAUAGAAAUUUCUUUGGUAUAUUUACUACCGGUUUCCCAAAACGACCAUGGGCAAGCCCUAACAAAUUAUUCUUGAAUACCGCUCAAAAAUACACAAUAAACUCAUAUGUUGUUGAUAUUGAAACUGGAGACCUAAAUGAAUUAAUAUACAAUGAAGGCAGUCAAUUAAUUAUUGACGUUAAAGACGAUUUAGUUUUGGCUUUGAGACGCAAUUUUUUGGUUCCUGAUUCGAUUGUCUUAGGAAAAAUAACAGCCUCAGACCCUGCAGGCCCCAUACAAUGGACCGAAUUAACUCCCAAAAUUGAAGUGCCUGAAAUCCAAGGAGCAACAUACAAGUAUUAUGAUUUCAAUAAGAAUUCCUGUGAUUUUAAUGCAAUUUACCUUGGGCCAACAUCAGGUGAUAACGUGCCUCUACUUGUAUGGCCUCAUGGUGGACCACAUUCUUCGUUUGCCAAUUAUUUCUUUUUGGAAGAAGCCAUUUUUUUGGCUUUAGGCUACGCAAUCCUUUUGGUAAACUACAGAGGUUCGACAGGCUCUGGAAAUGCAACAGUUAAUUUUCUUUUGGGAAAAGUUGGCAGCGCUGAUGUACAAGAUUGCGUCGAGGCUGUUGAUGCUGUCCUCAAAGAUUGUCCUUGGGUCAACCCCAAACAAUUGGCAUUAUGUGGUGGUUCUCAUGGUGGUUUUCUAGUAGCCCAUUUGAGUGGACAAUAUCCAGAAAAAUUCAAAUCAGUAGUUGCCAGAAAUCCUGUCAUUGAUAUUGCCUCUAUGAGUAUUAUGUCGGAUAUUCCAGAUUGGUGUUAUAUUGAAGCUGGAUACUCAUACACUCAAGAGGGUGCUGUUGAUGAUGAUGCACUGCUUAAAAUGAGAAAUGCUUCUCCUUUAGUGCAUGCUCAUAAAGUAAAAGCACCUACACUGUUGCAAAUUGGUUUCAGAGAUUUGAGGGUACCACCUCAGCAAGGGAAUGAGUAUUAUUUCAGGUUAAAGGCUAAUGGGGUUAAAGUCCAAAUGAAUCUUUAUGAUGAUAAUCAUCCCCUUGGCACUGUUCCCAACGAAAUGGACAAUAUUAUUAAUACAAUUUUGUGGACUGAGGAACAUUUGGGACGUGAUUAGGAAUAUGAAUUUGAUAAAAACUGUUUAUUUUUUAAUAAAGACAUAAUGGUAAAUAAAUCUAUAUAAAACCAAGAUAAUAUCAAUCUAUAAAUACACUGCCCUACACUAGAUUAGACAAAUCUUUACAUAUUGUGUAAGGCAAUUGCGCUAUUUGUUGUAAUAAAACAAUCAGACAGUAAAAAAUAAAUAAAAUUUGAUAAAACCACUUAUAAAUUAUUCAUUUGAAAUUUUUAUGUCUAAAAUCAGAAUUGCACACUAUGAUGAAUGAGUAUUAUUACAAAAAUUUCAUAGUAUUAGUACAGUUUCACUCACCUACACCCUUUCUUCUUAGGGUGGACCAAAAAUAAGGUACAAGCAUCUGUUUUAUAGUUACAGAUCCUCAAAAUCUAAUAUCUUGAUAAUAUUGGGACUGUGAAUCUCGAUUUGCGAGUUGCUUUAACUGUAGGGUUAGACAAACUUCAAAAUUAAACAAUAAUAAAACUUAAAUUAUGUGGGGGAAUGUCAUCAACAUAAUUUCAAAAAAAAAAAAAAAUACGACUAGAAAGACCAAAAAUGUAUCAUUUUCCAAAACCUUUAGAUAUGUACCGAAUUAUCUUCAUUCCCACCAUUAUUCAUUGUAACAGUUAAAAGUUGUUUAGUACUACCUCCGCUUAUAUAGCUGUCAACGCUACUUUUAACACUAGCAAUGCUCAAAGGAGUACCUGGUACCUUAUGUGGAGUACUAUCCAGAGAACUAGAACCAUUUAAUAUGUUUUGGGCAGGAGCAGAAGGUUCAUCAGGAGUGUAAUAGUCAGAUUCUUCACCUCGUUCGUAUUUGCCAUUUUUUUCUUUUGCUGAUAUUUUUUCUUCUAUGUCAAUGUCAUCUAUAUGGUCAAUUAUGUCAUCCAUAUGUAAAGCUAAUGAUCUUGUAAUGCUUGCUCGCUUCUUUUGGAGUAAUGGGGAUAGGUUUUCUGCUUCACUAUCUUCAUCAAUAU